GCGGAUCGCGCGGAGCAACGGGAGCGCUCCGGUGAGCGAGUCUCCAUUUUUCUGGUUCGUGCCGCCGGCGCGCUCUUCAGGCCCCUCCUCCACGCCCAGUUUCGGGGGUCGCCUGGUAAGGUAAAACCCCUGAACCCCCUCGUCCCUCUAGCCGGGAGGUCGUUCCUAUCGCCUCUCGCGGCGUCGCCGGAUGACGUUCCGAGUCCUGUCGCUCGGUGCGGGACCCGGGAGUCUGCGAUUCCGGUUAAAAUCGCUCUGAGGCGGGUGCGGGCGCCAGCAUCGCUGCCUUCGGCCCCUGUAGACUCCGAUCGCGCUGCCGGUCGCUUUCCUGCUCAGAACCUUUCUCGGACUCCCGCCCCCGCCCCCGCCGCCACCCGCGUCGGCACAGGGCCUCCUCCGUACGGUGGAUGCAGGCCCUUCGCUCCGCUCCAGGGAGGGCAGGGGGGCGACAGAGAUGGCGGGCAGGAGGCCGGGGUCUGCGGAGUUAGGGGCCGUCAGAAAGUUUGGGCAGAAAGAACGGCAGGGAUUGAAACAGGUUGCCGCAGACUGGGGUCGAAGUGUCGGAGGAGGAAGAGCGAGGGAGGGAGACAGAAGGAUGCGGAAACAGGGAAACCCAGAUGGACAAAAGGAGAGAAGAGAAACAAGGACAAAGAGACAGAUACAGAGAACAAAACACAUAGUGGUCUCGGAGAAGGCGCAGGACCCAAACCCAGAAUAACCUUAUCUGAGAAAGAAGCCCAGAAGAAGAGGGGAAAAAGGAGGAAUGGCUCUUCCCCAGGGACGGGUGACCUUCAGGGAUGUGGCCAUAGAAUUCUCUCCGGAGGAGUGGGAGUGCCUGGACCCUGCUCAGCGGGCCUUGUACAGGGACGUGAUGGUGGAGAACUACUGGAACCUGGUCUCCCUGGGUGAGGAUAGUUUUCCUCCAGAAGUCGGAUGCCUUUCUGCUGGAUUUGAAAUCAAGGAAUUACCACCAAUAGAGGACAUUAAUGAAGGAGAAUUAUACCACUUAGUGAUACUGGAGAGAAAUGAAAGCCAUAGCAUCAAGGAUUUUGAUCUCAAGAAAGACUGGGAAAAUAUGCAUGAGUUUGAGAGUCACUGGAGAUAUGAUGCAAGAAAUUACAAAGAAGUGCCUUUGACACAUAACAAAAAUCUCACUCAUAGAAAAGAUCAACAGCUUAAUAAAUCCUCAAUUACUUUUCCUCAAAAGCAGAGUAUUUCUGUAAAAAAUAAUACAUACCAAUAUUUCAUGCCUGAUGAGCCAUCUGUAAGGCAUUUGUUAAAACUGGAAAAUAACAUAAGUGAUGCUGGAAAUUGGUACAUAAACUGUUUGGGAAAUAGAAUUGGAUUAAGUUUGCAGGCACACCUGGCUGAACUGCAGAGAUUUCAUACUGAGGAAAAAAUGUAUGAAUGUAAUCAGGUUGAGAAAUCUUUGAACGAUUCCUCUGUUUCACCACUUCAGAGAAUUCCAUCUAAUAUCAAAAACAUUUGGAAUAAAUAUAGGAAGAUUUUAAAAUAUCCUUUGUUACCUGCACAAUACAGAAGAGCAUACACUAGAGGAAAAUCUUACAACUGUAAUGACUGUGGGAAGGCUUUUAGCAAAAGCUCAAACCUCAUGAGUCAUGAGAGAAUUCAUUCAGGACAGAGACCUUACAAAUGUAAUGAGUGUGGCAAAGCCUUUACGGAGCGUUCACACCUUACUCAACAUAAGAAAAUCCAUACUGGAGAGAAACCUUACAAAUGUAAUGAGUGUGGCAAAGCCUUUAACCAGUGUUCGAACCUCACUAGACAUCAGAGAGUCCAUACAGGAGAGAAACCAUAUAAAUGUAACAUAUGUGGCAAGGUCUGUAGUCAAAAUUCAAACCUUGCAAAUCAUCAGAGAAUGCAUACUGGAGAGAAACCUUACAAAUGUAAUGAAUGUGGUAAGGCCUUUAUCCAGCGUUCCCACCUUUGGAGUCAUGAGAGAAUUCAUACUGGAGAGAAACCUUAUAAAUGUAAUGAAUGUAACAAAGCCUUUGCUGAACGUUCAAGCCUUACUCAACAUAAGAAAAUCCAUACCGGAGAGAAACCUUACAAAUGUAAUGAGUGUGGCAAAGCUUUUAAGCAGUGCUCACACCUCAUUAGACAUCAGAAUACACAUCCUGGAGAGAAGCCACACAAAUGUACUGUAUGUGGCAAAGCUUUCAUCCAAAGUUCUAGCCUUAUAGAACAUCAGAGAAUUCAUACAGGAGAAAAACCUUACAAAUGUAAUAAAUGUGAUAAGGCUUUUAUCAGACGGUCACACCUGUGGGGUCAUGAGAGAACUCAUACUGGAGAGAAACCUUACAAAUGUAUUGAGUGUGGCAAAGCCUUUGCUGAGCGUUCAAAUCUUACUCAACAUAGAAAAAUCCAUACUGGAGAGAAACCUUACAAAUGUAAUGAGUGUGGCAAAGCUUUUACCCAAUUUGCAAACCUUACUAGGCAUCAGAAAAUACACACUGGAGAGAAACCACACAAAUGUGAUGUGUGUGACAAGGCUUUUAUCCAAAGUUCAAGCCUUAUGGAACAUCAAAGAAUUCACACAGGAGAAAAACCUUAUAAAUGUAAUAAAUGUGAUAAGGCUUUUAUUAAACGUUCUCACCUUUGGGGUCAUGAGAGAACUCAUACUGGAGAGAAACCUUAUAAAUGUAAUGAGUGUGGCAAAGCCUUUACGGAGCGUUCACAUCUUACUCAGCAUAAGAAAAUCCACACUGGAGAGAAGCCUUAUACAUGUAAUGAGUGUGGCAAAGCUUUCACCCAGUUUGCAAAACUUACUAGGCAUCAGAAAAUACAUGGUGAAAAGAAACAUUAUAAAUCUAGUAUGUGUGGCAGUGGUUUUAUUCAAAGCUCAAGCUUUGGGGAUCAUCAAAGAAAUCACAGUAGAAAGAAACCUUACAAAUAAAAUGAUUAAGCAAGUGUUCAAGCCUUAUUCAACAUCAGUAUUCCAUCAUGGAGAGGAACCAUAUGAAACUAAUGUAUGUGGCAAAGCCUGUAACCAGGGGUUUACACCUCACUUGAUAACAAUAUAAAUCUCUAAAAGAAAGCACACAAAUGUAAUGUAUGGCAAGGCUUAUCCAAAGUUUAUACCUUGUGGAACAUAACAGUUCUUACUAGAUAGAAACCUUACAAAUGUAGUGAGUGUGAUCAGCUUUAUAAAAAAAUGUACAGCUUGGGGGGGAGGAAUAGGGGAGUGUGACUAAGAGGUACAAAUUUCCAGUGAUUAAAGAAAAAAAAACUACAACUUUGUGGUCAUGAAAAUUCAUAUGAGAUGGAAACCAUAUAAAUGUGUCAAGGUCCUUACCUCAGGAAACACCAAAGAAUUCAUACUGGACAGAAACAUUACAAAUAUAAUGAAGGUGAUAAUUUAUUUAGCCAAUUCUCUCAAUGGACUACAAUAAGAAAAUUCAUACUAGGGGAAGUAGGUCUAUUUUGAGGAUUAACCAAUCUUAGAUGUUAAAUUCCACAGUAAAUUUAAAUUACUUAAAACUAAUGAGAUGAUAUGUA